AGUCUUCUACUGUAGGUGGCGAUAUGCACACAAAGCUGGUAAUGUACGGUAAUCUCCCACACAAACAAAGAAGACGCUGAGAAUACAAGUGGUCAGAAGAAAGCUAAGAAAGGUUUCUUUGUCAUUGGAUUACUGUGGAACCUGAUCAUGAGUGUUUCUGCACUCUUCCUGCUUAGCAGCCUUUGCCUUGUCAUCACUGCUCAGGGGAAGCAGUGCUCCAAACCUGUCGGACGGCAGAACAUGCAGCUAAAGGCUGAGUACAUCCUUAAAGAGACAUUUGAGGAUGGGUCCACUGUGGCCUUCGCCUGUGAUGUUGGCUACACACCUGCAGAAGGUUCUGGAGUCAUCACGUGUACUGCGGGGAUUUGGAGUCCUGUUCAGCUGAUUUGCCAGAGGAUGAACUGUGGAUCUAUUGGUGACGUGCCUAAUGGACAGGUUUCCUACCCUCAAGGAACGCAGUUUGGGGAUAAAGCGUUGAUCACUUGUAACACAGGUUACAAAUUAGUUGGUAAAAGUGAAAUCGCAUGUGGAAACCAAGGAUGGUUGGACAGGUUGCCUACAUGUGAAGUUGCUAAAUGUCUUCAGCCAAGUGGUAUUGCAAACGGUAUGUUCAGUCCACGAAAGGAAGAUUAUGCAUACAGAGAAGUUGUCGAGUAUUUCUGCAACAAAGAUUACACACUCAAUGGAUCCAAACAAAUUACCUGUGAGGAAAAUGAGAAGUUCAAACCUUCUCCUCCAUCAUGCAUCUGGGUUGAGUGCAAGGAUCCUGUGAUUCCAAAUGCAGAACAUAUUGACGGUUCUCGGCCUCCACAUAGGCACAAGGCUACUGUGAUAUACAACUGCAAACAUGGGUACAGAAUGAUCGGACAAGCUACCCUGACCUGCAACAUAAGUAGCCAGUGGUAUCCCAGAAUUCCAGAAUGCAUCAGCAAUGGAAAUGUCGUUGUGGGAGGAUUACUUGGUGGACUUGUAAGCAUCACAGUCAUGUUGGUUCAAAAUUACUGGAUGUAAGCGCAUCAUCUCGAGAAGGGGUCUGUCCUCUGACUACCUCCCCUUCAUGUGCUGUGCGGUCUUUGUCAUUUCUUGGGAACUUGCUUCAAAGCGGCAUCCUGAGACAGAAGUAGAUUCAGCUUUGUCCCCGUUUCAUUCAUUCUAGAUAUAAUCAGUUCAGUAUCACGCUUGGCCUUUGUACUCAGAUUCACAAGUUGUCCUAAGUAUGUGCAAUUAAGAUGGUUGAAAAUCUUUUUUUAUAUAUGCAAACUGCUAUUCUAAGAUUUUACUUCAUGUAUUAUUUUACACUGCAGCUUUACAAAGUAACUUUGCUGCUCAGAAAGUUUCAUUUGUUAAAGAAAUAUUUUCAUUAAUAUGAAACGAAUCAUGUCAUGAACGAGUUUUGUGUUUCUAAUAGCUGAUCAACCUGUCAGUCCUAAAGGUCCAGAAUGAAUUGCUGAACAAUCCAUAGUGCCUGAACAAAUACCAUACUUGAUAUGCCUGAAUGAAAAGAUGUUAAGUAUUGUUUUUUUUUAUCUAUGUCCUUGAUGUUACCUUAUUUCUUAGCCAAUCUUAGUGUUAUACUACUGGAUAAAAAUACAUAUGUCAAAUUAAUUCAGGUUUUAUUUAUUUCUGCACUUUUAUAAUGGGACAGUAUUAUUUAAAACAGACUUUUUUGAACUUUAUGUCAUUCUAUAAUGUUAUUCCCUCAUCAAAAAUAUACCUGGAGUGUUGCUUUUAUUCUUUCAUGCAAGUUUAAGAAACGUGUUGAUAUCUCGUGGCAUUAAGCUGCAAAGUCAAAUUUAUUUUAAGUCAUGUCACAUAAAUUUUUACCAGAACUGAAGGUAACAGAGUUCCUUGACUGUGAUAUAAAAUGGCAUUGGUUACCUGAAAAAUACACAAUACCACCCCUUUAAAAAUACUCUAUAUCAAGGAGUUGGAGUAAUAUCUCAAGGAUUUAAUCACUGGAAUUAACCUGGAUCAAACAGGGAUGUUUGAAAACCACUCUAAGUAUUGCACUGGUUCUGCCUUUUAUUUAUGACAUAUAUUAUAAUUUUUUUUUUUCUGUAUUUUGAGCAGACAAAUAAAGCAUGCAUUGCUCUUUCCUAUUUAAGGAAAUGUAUUAAAUAAGAAAGAAACCCA